AAAAGCCAGUUUUUGUGUCAUUUAAUGUUAACUAGAUACAUGCUAACGCUAACUAGUUAGCCUUUCAGUUUGUUAUUAGCGUCAAUGCUAACUAAGCUGUUUGCUAACGUUGUCUCUGCCAAUAAACGCAGGAGUUAAUUGUGCGAUAAAUUACCCGCAAAGGUACUGGGAAUUGGCAGAAAGUGUUAGCUAGCCGUGUAACGUCAACAUAGUCAGAAAUGGUUAGCGUGUUAGCUAUUAAUGGCACACAAAUCAAGCAAACGUUACCACACAUCUGUCAACUCUCUGCAGGUCAACGUAUGAACGUUACGGUGUUUCAAAUGAGUUUUGACGAAGACCUGGUUAAAAUAAGAUACGGUAACGUUAAUGUUUGGCUUGGAAAUAGCGGAUAUUAUGUGUUUGUUCUGCUGAAUCGUCCAGCAGUUGUAAUCAAACACAACACAGAUUUCAAUGACAUUUUUGAAGAAUCAUCGUCCCUCUCCAAAAUUUGGUAGAGGAUUAUGUGAGCAGCAUCAUCUGCAGCCACACAAUGGAUAACGAGGAGAGUAAGACGUGCCAAGGAGAGAAGCUUGCCUCUGCUGUGGAUGACACUCUGGAUGAAUAUUUAAUCGCCCUCCAGCACAAAAACAGGAUCCUAAAGCGCCUUAAAGUCAAAGACCCCAGGGAGAUUGAGUUGGAACAGCUCGAGCAAGGUUUUUCAAUUUAUCUUAACGGAGCCAAUGCUGAAGCCAGUAGGAAGCAGCCCAAGAGCUUCAGCCACAAGUCUGUCACCUCCCCACCUGCUUGGAGGCCUGCACGUACAGCAGAUGUCUGUAGAAGCGCCCACCAGCUAACUGAAGAUAGCCGAAAUCUGGAGCAGACCCACAGGAAGAGGAGCCACACUGCCCCAGAAAAGGUCCAGAGGAAAGAAUGGGUGCAGGAUUCUGUCAGAAUUCGAACAGAGGAAGGACCAAGUUUGCAGAUUUCCCCAGAAAAGCGCUACUCUGAGGAUUUUGAGCCCUAUGAAAGCGUAGACAUGGAGAGCUCCAGUCUGCGCUCGCCUCGCAGUCCCUGCUCCCCGAGGGAAACCUCCAAGUUGUCGCGCUCCUUCAGCUCCAGGCCUGAGAGCCAAGGGGGCCAAGCAAAUCAGGAGCACAGUAAGAAGGUACUUCUCAACCUUGAGGAAGUGAAGGUUCUGCGUCGGAGCCUGGAGGUUACCAUGCGGCGGAGCAACCGUGGCUCAGCGGGGGAGGAGUCAGACGAGGAGUGGGUGGAGGAGCAGAUUGAGAGGGAGGAGAGCACUGAGAGUCUGGACGAACUGGGGCUACCUCUCUCGUCCUCCAAGUCCUCCUCCAACUCUCAGCCCAGUGGCUCCCAUAGCCAUCUGGACUCAGCAAACCUUAUUGUCCUGGACUUUGGACCCUCACCUAAAGGUCGUAAGAUUGAACGCGCUCUAUUUGCAAAAAGGAAAGAAAACAUCGACAGCUUUAUACCCACCAAGCCUAUGUUGGUGAUGAGCAAAACAUUAGAUAGACCAUCUUCUAAAGAGAGCUGGGAUGGUCAGUGGCCAAAGAGUCGGGUGGAGAGACCCCUGUCAGCAGCCAGAAAGGCUUCUGUUGAGGAGCGGGACCCAGAGGAGAUGGCAUGCAGGGUGCGCCAGGCCAUCCAGAGAGAAAAUGACCCUGUGCAGAGUGCUGAGCUCUUCAGCCGCAAUACGGGCAGGGGACACCAGAUAAUGAAUGGCUUAGUGCACCACAGCAGCUACGACAAGGAUGAGAACAGUGUCACUUUGGCCAUGCAGAGAAUCACACUCAUGGGCCCCAGGCAACAACAGAAACUGCUGAAAGCCUUGGAGAAACUUGAAUCAGGAACCAUCUACAACAUUCCUCAGAGUGUCACAACAGACUAUAGCAAGCAGCCGAGAAGGCAGUCCUCUGCAGAGUUCACCCCUGCAUUGUAUGUUACCAUGGAGAUCCUGUCAAACUGGGGGAACGCUUUGCAGGUUGGGCUGACUGAGUUGCAGUUCUUCUGCCUCAGAAACAAGAAACUGUAUGUGUCACCUCAUGACCUAGACAUCAGGAAUGCUGACUAUCCUGGGAAUCUGGGGGCGCUUGUCAAUGGAAAGGUGAAGACCACCAAAGAGCGUCACAUGUGGACGUGUCCAUUCCACCCUCCCGUCCAGCUCUACUUCAUCAUCAGGAACACAGAGCGCUCCCCAGACUUUGGAAUAUCUCGCAUCAAAAUCUGGAACUAUAACAGAAGCCUAAAUGAUCUUGACAUUGGUGCACGGCAUAUAAAGCUGUACCUUAACAGCACAUUGGUGUUUGAAGGUGAGCUGGAGAGGGGCUGUGGCAACCAGGUCUUUGACUACAGCACCACAGUAGACCUCCAGGAUUUCCAGGUCUCAGACUCCUUGUUUUCCAGCCCCUCGUCUUCCGGACACAAUCUACGGGGUGCCAGCCCCCAGUGCCAUGAGGACAGGAAGGGUGUGGAGGGCAGCAGCACCCAGCGACACAACAGUUCGAAUCCGCAGCCAUCAGAAGCAGCAGGCCAGGCUAUGAUAGACAUGCAGGAGAAAUCACAUACACUGCUACCACCCAUCACUCCUUCACCAGUGGGGGUUUCAUCCUCCGCUCGUCGCUCCUCCACACAAAGAAACUCUUUUGACCUGUCUGCCUCAGAAGAGCCCCUCUCUCUCAGGCAGCAGGUGGAGCAGCCUGCACCCAUGGAGCAGACAGUCACCACCCAGCCGUCCUCCUCACGGGUGGCCCCCCAGUGGCUGCAGCCCCUGAACAGGGGAGCUCCAGAGGGCUGCGAGGCCAGCAGGGAGAGGCCCCGGUGGCUGGUGCCUCAGCACUCUGCAGAGCCCAAAUCUCCGACAGCCUCAUCCUCUUCAAUGCUCCCAGAACUGCCGUGUAACCCAGGCCGAGUGUGUAGGGGGAUGGAGAGGACUGUGAACGGGGGUCAGUGGAAGGCUAACUCUCUGGACCUGAGCUGCGACCUGCUGGAGGAGCUCGGGGAUCAAAAGCAGGACAGGCCCAUCAGCGGACGCAGGAGCUCAUUCCGAAACACUGCAGUCGCUAGCAGACAGACAGAGGAGCAGCACCUCAAAGCUACUGCACUGUCAAACACAGAGGGGCCGAUCUCACUGGUUAGCACUAGCAGGAGGCAGUGCACCUCUCUAGCCCAGCUGCACAGCCAACAGGAUGACACCCUCAUGGAGUCCUGGGACUCUCUCACUAAGUUCAACCAAUGCCAACGUGGACGCAUCUCCAACAUGGGCUUCGAAGGUGACAUCUUUGAUGAGUUCCUCCAGCGCCAGGGUCGUGGUCCACCCACAAUCUCAGUCAACCCCUCCACAACACCCAGGAGCCCACUUUCCUCCUUGACCACUCAGGGAGCAAUGUGUGAAGGCCCUGAUGAUGAUCCAUCCAUGGAGCGGGAGGAGGAGUUUGAGAUCCCGGUGCUGCCCCAGGGCCAAAGGCUGGUCAUCAACAUCCUGUCCACCUGGGGCGAUCGUCACUACGUGGGCCUCAACGGCCUUGAGGUGUUCAGUUCCAGUGGAGAGCCCCUACAACCUGCUCACAUCCGUGCUGACCCUCCAGACAUCAACAUUCUCCCUGCAUACGGCAAGGAUCCACGUGUGGUCACUAACUUGAUUGAUGGUGUUAAUCGUACCCAGGAUGACAUGCAUCUUUGGCUAGCACCAUUCACUUCUGGUCGUAGCCACACCAUCUUCCUGGACUUCGGAGCUCCCUACCAGGUGGCCAUGAUCCGAGUGUGGAACUACAACAAGUCACGCAUUCACUCCUUCCGAGGGGUGAAGGAGGUGGAGAUGCUGCUGGAUGGAAGGUGCAUCUUCAGGGGCGAGAUCGCCAAGGCCUCUGGGACCCUGUCUGGAGAGCUGGACCAAUUUGGUGACACUAUCCUGUUCACCACUGAUGAUGAGAUCCUGGAGGCUAUGUCUCGUUAUGAUGAAACCUUCCUCAGUGAAAGUGAGGGUCCCGAAGGCCUGGAGUAUGAAGAGGAGCUGCAGAGACCGCGCACCGCUGAUGGAGAGGGAGAGGAAAGACCCUUCACACAGGCCGGUUUCCGAGAAGAAGACCUCAAAUUGAAACUCCACCUCAACCCCACCGUGAGCCCAUCUGAGGAGAACAUGGAGCAUAAUCCUGGGAUGUACACUGGAAAGUGCCUUAGACUAGAGCUGGUGUUGACUUGGGGGGACUCCCACUACAUGGGCCUGACAGGAUUGGAGGUGGUGGGGAAGGAUGGAGAGAGUUUACCUUUAGACCUCAGUAUGAUGGCUGCCUCACCUAGGGAUCUCAACGACUUGCCUGACUACGGACACGACCUGCGGACGCUUGAUAAGCUUAUAGAUGGAAACAACAUCACCACUGAUGAUCAACACAUGUGGCUGAUCCCUUUCUCCUAUGGAGAGCCCCACACCUUAAACAUAACGUUCAGCAAGGUCCAGACCAUCGCCGGACUUCGUAUCUGGAACUACAACAAGUCCUCUGAGGACUCUUAUAGAGGGGUGAAGGUGAUCCAUGUGUUCAUGGAUGAUGUUGCCAUCUCCCCAUCGGAGGGAUUCCUGAUCAGGAAAGGACCAGGCAACUGUCACUUUGACUUUGCCCAAGAGAUCCUCUUUAUAGACUUCCUCCAGACGCCGACUGACAACAAGAGUGCAGAGGACUACCACAAAGGAAGCUCUAAGAAACAAGAACAGGCCAGCAUGGACUAUGAAGCUCCCAUCAUGCCUUGUGGAUUCAUCUUUCAGCUGCAGCUGUUAACAUCCUGGGGAGACCCAUACUACAUCGGCCUCAACGGCCUCGAAUUUUAUGACCAGAACCAUGAGAAGAUCCGUCUCAGUGACAACAACAUCGCUGCUUUUCCAGACAGUGUGAACGUAUUGGACAAUGUGAGCGGUGAUGUGAGGACUCCAGAUAAAUUAAUAGAUGGAGUCAACAGCACCCACGAUGGAAGACACAUGUGGUUAGCCCCGGUGCUCCCUGGACUGGUGAACCGUGUGUACGUCAUCUUUGAUCAGCCAGUGUCUGUGUCCAUGAUCAAACUGUGGAACUACUCAAAGACACCACAGAGGGGAGUAAAGGAGUUUGGGCUGCUGGUGGACGACCUCCUGGUGUAUAACGGCAUCUUAGACAGUGAAACCCAUGUGGCACGAGGCAUUCUGCCUACCUGUGAUCCAGUGGUGCCCUACCACACCAUCCUGUUCACAGACAAUGCCUACAUUGCACACCGUGAGAGGAACACUGUCAUCAGCCCCCGUGGCAGCAGACACCAUCAGCAUAAUUAUGUGGAGGAUCAGGAUGUGAAGAUGACCAAUGAGAAUCAGAUAGUCCAUCACAACAAGAAGAAGCAGACCGCAGAUCCAGCUCUUCGGCCUAAAACCUGCAUGACUGAUGGUGGGAAACACGGAAAGAGGAGGUACUGACAGACGAACAGACAGACGUGGAUUCAGUGCUCAUACAGAGAGAGCAGAACUGAGAGGGAGGAGCUAUGGCUGACUUUUUAAGCCCACUUUUUGGUGGGUGACUUUUGAAAAAACUCCCUUGGUUUGUAAUGGUGGCUUGACAGUGGCUCACAUGGUCCACACUGAACAGGACAGAGUUUGCAUAGAUAACAAUGGGUUUGUACGCACACGCACACAUGCACGCGCACACACACACACACACACACACACAAUUCCACUUUAUGGUUGGAUUACUCCUUUCCCUUGCUGUGAAAACACACCCACACCUUAUCCUGAACACGAACUGUAUGGUUGCCCAGGUCGUCCCUCCCACAGUGCCAGGAUAAACCUGUGAGGCUGCCUUUUUAUCAGCCCUAUUAUUGUGCCUAGUACUAAACACUAUAUAUGUGGCUGCUACUUGUGACUUUUGUGCUGCAUAAUUAAAUGCUGCUUGUGGCGUGUAAAUUCUAAAAAAAAACAAACUAACAAAAAGAAAGCUCUAAGGCCACAUGAAUACACUCUCACAUCAGGAUGUGGUCAAUGCUACAUUUAUUAAUGAAUUUUAUCUACUGAUGAGCCUAGACCAUCAGCUCUUUGCCUAAUGGGCAUUAGAAGUGACUAACACUCCCGCCAGUGCACCAACCAAUCGUAAUGCUAUGCAGACACUAAUUUAUAUCUAUUAAUAAUUUAUAUCUGUCGGCUAAUAUAUUUCAAAGCCUAAUGGUUUUACUUGGGGAAGUGCUUCCAGAGAGGUUUUCACCUUUUUGGAAGAUUUAUAUCGAUGGCUAAUGUGGUACACUUGUAGUUGGGGGGAAAAAAGUACAGUGGUCAGAUUUUUGUACAUUUCAACAGAAAUAAAAUGAAAACUGAAGCUGUACAAAGCUUCAGACUCCACACUUGAAUCUUCGACAUAUAUUUGGCUUCACAAAAUUAGGUCAGUAUAUUUUUUCUGCUUAGCAUCAGGUAGAAAAAAAAACAACCUUCAAAUCCAAGUGACCUUUAUUGAAGUUGCUAUAUAAGGUAGACUGUUUUGGAGAAACACAUUUCUUGAUCCAGUACAGCAGUUUUAGUAAUUUGCUAGUUUAGAUUUUGAGUAUAUUCAGUAACAGGCAACUUCUAAUAUGCAAAUACUAUAACCUUACCUCAAAUUGAGAAGGACGAUCUUUACAAAGGGAUUUAUCUGAUUCUUCCUUCACUAUAAUACUUGGUGUGUACUUUUCAUUUAUUCAAUAUUUACUAUACUAACUUGUUGCAUGGGAAAGUCUCUUAGCAUUAGCUGUUGUUAUCAUCUGGAAAUGUUAGAUACUUUUGUUUGUAGUAGUUUUUACUGCUUCAUUGGGCCCCUAUAUAAACUAUUCAUACUCCUUCCUCAUGAUGGGAGUAAUUGUAAAAUGAAAUGCAGUUUUAUGUAUUUAAUUUCAGUGCGUCCAACAGCAACAAUAGUCAUUACUCUGUAUCUCAGUCGUGCUCUGUAGGGUGGUGGCUAUUAUUGUAUGUGUGACAUUUAGUGUUUUGAAAUAUUUAAUUAUUUUUCUAAUCUUGAUUAAAUAUGUAUAUUUGAUGUAGGUUUAUUUGAAUGAAUAAAAUUUAAAAAUAUA